GUUAAUAAUAAAUUCAAACAGUUUAUAAAGUCACUUCAUUUGAUCCCAAGAUAUGGCCCAACAGUUGACACAAAUGAUGGCAUCACUCGAGACUACAGAUGACGGCAAUGAAGACAACAGACGAAAGGUACAACUCUAUGCGAAAGACUCAAUGGACAGAUUCGGUGAUGAUUUGUGUGAACUUCUAUUGUCUUACUUUCCAUUUGAAGAUCAAUUCCGUUGCGAAUGUGUGUCCAAACAGUUCCAGAGGAAUUUUUUGGUCAGCGAUAUAUUAAUCACUUGGAGGCCA